AUGGUGGUGGAUGUGGUGGUGGUGGUGCAGCCCCGGCUCAUCUCUGUCUCACAGGAAGCUGCUGGGAGGCAGGACGCUGGAGGAAACAUGGCCGACGCAGAGAGCACUGGAGCCAGAUGGAAAAACCAGGAGUCUGAAAGACUCUGUGUACGUCAUCAGUCUGCGUCGCUCGGGGGGAAACGUGGGAUCAAGUGGAGCAAACAGCGAGGUGAGGCGUCUCCACGGUCCCAAGUGAAUGGUGUGAACUGGUGUGAACAUGGCGUCGUUACAAGAGCGGAGGUCCAGUUUGCCCAGAGAUUAGCCUCUAACGAGAAACCCAUCCGAACCAAGGCGAUAAAGAAGCUGAGGAAGUACAUCAACGUCAGGUCGCAGAGGGAAGAAGGUGGAUUCUCAGGUGAUGAUGUGCUCAAGCUGUGGAAGGGUCUCUUCUACUGCCUGUGGAUGCAGGACAAACCACAGCUACAGGGGGAGCUGUCCAACCAAAUCUCCAGCCUGAUCCAUAGCUUCCACCACAUCGAUGGACAGUUUUUAUACCUGGAGAGUUUCCUGCAGACCUUCAAACGAGAGUGGACAGGUAUCGACCGGCUGCGGAUGGACAAGUUUUUCCAGCUGGUUCGCUUCAUGUUCAGGCAAACUUUGAGAUGCUGAAGAAGAAAUUGGGAAAGCAGCGUGGUGUCCAGGUUCCUAGAGCUGCUGAAGACUCAGAUCCUGCAGAGCGGCAGCGGAGCGCACCAACGGGCUGCAGUUCACAUCCUGGACCUGUACCUGACAGAGUUGGCAGCAGUGGGCUCAGCAGAGCUCACUGCAGAUCAGAAUUUGAUUCUUAUCGGGCCAUUCUGCAAGACAUCUGCAAAAACAAAGGACCGGAGUCUCUUCGCCGCGAUCUGUAACAGCAUCUUCAGCACCAUCAUAGAUCAGGCUCCGUUCGCCAUUGACGAUUUGAUGAAAGAGGUGAAGGCGGCUCAUGACUCAGACUCAGACUCAGGACAGGCAUCUGACGAGGAAGAGGAGGAAGAGGAAGAAAUUACCAAAGGGAAGCCUGUCAGCAAGAAGAAGCAGAUUAAUGGCAAGAAAUCAAAUGGUAUAGAGGACGAAGAUGAGGACGAGGAGGAGGAGGAGGAGGAGGAGGAGGAUGAGCUGCUUCACCUAGAAGAAUCGGAUACAGAUGAGCCAGGUGAUGAAGACAUGGGACCCGUGCUGCAGUUCGACUACACGGCUCUGGCAGACAAACUGUUUCAAUUAGCCAGCCGGAGCAGCACGCCAAGCCCAAACAGACAGAGACUCUACAAGAUCAUCAAAGUGCUGCGUGAUCUCAGCGAAGGCGUGUUCCCUCAGGACGAGUAUCCGGAGGAGGUUUCCACGGACGAGGACGACGACGAUUUCGGCAGCAGGAAGAGGAUGAAGAGGCGGAAGGUGGAGGGAGAGGAUGAAGCUCCGGCUGCUAAGAAAAAGAAAGGGAAGAAAAAGGAGGCUCCCAAAGCGGAGCAGCAAAACAAAGACGCAGGACAAGUUGACGCUGAAGCAGCCGAAGUGACGGCAAAUGGUGACAACAAAAAGAAGAAGAGGAAGAGGAAGAAGAAGAAGAAGAAGCAGGCUUUGCAGGAAGGGAGUGCAGGCGAUGAGGCCAAGACGACUGAGGAAGGAGAGACUAGAGUGAGGGCAAGCAAAGAAGGAGGGAAAGAAGAAGAGUCGGAUGCACAGAGCUCUGUCUCUUCUGUUCAAGUCACACAGACGACAGACGGUCAGUCAGAAACUCUUCUUCUCUCUGAGGUGAAGAAACAGCCUUCAGUGUUCGUCUCAGAGGAAACCAGCCAGCCGGACCUCGAGGACCAAUCUGAGAAAUCCACAAAGAGCGAGAACUCCAAGGAGGCAGAGGAGCAGCAAGUUCAGAGCACAGAGGAAGAGAUUCCCUCUGAAGCCGUCGCUGCAGUGUCGGAGAAGAAGAAGAAGAACAAGAACAAGAACAAGAAGAACAAGAAGGGUCUGAAGUCACAGAGCGACGAGGCCGGAGACGAGAAAGAAACUCCAGAGACUGAUUCAAAGACGGAGAAAGAGACCGAUCUGAAGCCGGAGGAGGACGUCAAAGAGGCCGACGCUGAAUCACAGGUUAAUGGAGCGAGCGCUGAAGUUGUUCUCUCAGCAGCACCUUCAAAUUCAGCAGGAAAUGAAACAAUUGAUCUCUCGACCCCAGCAAAGAGGAGGGGGAAGAAGAAGAAGGUUGCUGAUGAGGAGGAAGAAAAGGUCGAGGUUAUAGCUGAGAAAGAGGAAGAGCCCGCUGAAAUCCUUUCACAAGAUGAAACCGCGAAAAAGAAGACAAAGAAGAGGAGCAAGCUGGAGGAAGCAGCAGCUGAGGCUGCACAUGAAAGCUGCGUGACCCCGCUGAAGAAGAAACGGAAAAAUGUUCAGAAGGACUCGGAGGCUGUGGAGGAAGAGCAAGGAGCGGAAACGGCUCAGGUGGCGAAUGCUGAGAAACCACCGUGUGAGACACUGACGAAGAAAAAGAAGACAGCAAAGCAGCCGGCAGCUCCUGUAGACGACAUCAAAGAUCCAUCUCAGGUGGCUGACAGCGGAGAUGAGGAGCUCCCACUGACAGAAUCCGCCUCCUCCGGGAAAGCAGCCAAGAAGAAAAAGAGGAAGAUCCCUGUUGUGUUCGAGUUUGAGGCGGACGAGCUGGAGGCGGCUGCAUCGAUCAAUGGCCUUGGGCUGCAGGAGGAGAACAGAGGCAGUGACGCAGAGGAGCAGUCGACGCCGCUGACUUCAAAGAAGUCUCAGAGGAUGAAGAAGAUUUCCUCAGAGUCUGAUUUCAUCACGUUUCAGAGCAACGCUGCCGUUCCAACGCCGCUCUUCUGCAAAACCAAGGCAGGUGCCGUCACCCCGCUGUCCAGCAAGAAGAAGAAGAAGACUCAAACUCCCAAAUCCGAGUCAAAGAAGGUGACCUUCGGUCUGAAGAACAAUAAGACAGCCGAGUUCAGAAAGACGGACCGCAGCCUGCUGUUGAGUCCAGACGGCUCGUCACGGGUGCCCUUUGACCCCGAGCAGAAACCCAAGUGCGGGGUCCUAAAGUCUCCCCCCACCCCUCUCUCUUCCAAGGUGAAGAAGACCCCCACUAAAAUCAAGAAGACCCCUGCCAAAACAAAGAAGACCCCCACAAGCAUCAAGAAAACCCCUGCUGGCAUCAAGAAGACCCCCAACACCACGGAUGCUCCGAAGAGCACACCAAGACGCCGCCCCUCUGCUGCAGACUUCUUCUAGAGCUGGACCCCGACAGUCCGUAGACUCAAAAUUUACUGUCUGUAUGAACUCUUUAGAGGACUGAUUUACACACAUCCUGUUUGGACUGAUUUAUAAAGAGGUAUUUUUGUGUUUAUCUGAUGUAAGUGUUUCCGUUCAGAGUGACUCCAUGUUUUAAUAAAGUUACUCAUUUCAGUUUUCCAAUUUUA